AGCUACAGAAAGCUUAGCUGGCGUCAACUCUCUACUUAGGACACCCUCUGACAUGUAUCGGUGCGAUAGUACAGUACAAAACAUUUUGUAGUCCACGCAUAACUGUAGUCCACGUUCAGUGCGCAAUGCUUUCUCCUGCCUCCGCCAAGCAGUUAGUUCAAUAGCAGCCCAGAGACGCGUCGUAGAUAAUGUAGUGCGGUGCGGACGCUUUCACCGCCUGCGCCGCUUUCGCGCAUUCCUUCACGCUUAGAGCACCACUAAGCCGCCAUCGCCUGCCAUCGCCUGCCGUCGCCUGCCAUCGCCUGCAUUUCCCGUCGCUUGCCGAUAACUUUUACACACCAGGAGUUUGCAGCUGAACAGGUUCAGAUAGCUCACGAUUAAAGCCCCCUCUCAUAAUUACAAAGGUUUGGCACUUGAUUGAUAGUCAGCGGACCAACAUGAGCGACGCGCCCGUUGUUGCGCCCGACGCCCCUCCCCCGCGCAGUUGCCUCCCCGCCUUCCCCUGCAUUUCCUCCGCCUCCGCUUCCGCACAUCAUGGCGCCGCCACGCGCAUCCUUCCCGCCGGUGGGCAGAGCGAGCGGGGGAGCGCGGCGGAGGGGGAAAGAAGCGCGGCGGAAGCGCGGCAGCGCGCGUGCCGCGUGAGCGUGAAAGUUCUGGCGCUUAAAGACGUGAAGGAUUUUAAGGACGCCGACGCGGCGUGGCAGACUACUAAUAUUCUGCAGGCGCCGCCGGUCGUGUUAAUUAAAGUGGAAAACGCGCACUUUUGCACGACAGAGGUCAAGGGGAGGGCGGAGGGGAAGGGGGGGAAGGGGGGGGGGAAGGCGGAGGUAAACGGGAAGGCGCCGGGGAAGAACGGGAAGGCGGAGGGGCUCGGGGAGGGGUUCGCGGAAGAUCAAGUGGAGGCGCAAGCGGAAGGGCAGGCGGAAGGGCAGGCGAACGGGCAGGCGGAAGGGGGGCAAGCGGCGGAAGGCCUAGUGGAAGUAAACCAGGGGCACGCGUUUACAGUGAAAGACGAGCAGACGGCACACGUGUCCGUCGCGCUAGUACGCGGCGCGCUCGUGCAGGGCGCCAUAGCCAUCGGGCUCAAGCAGGUGAUCGGCGCCAUAGCUCCGCUCCCCGUCGCGCGGCUCCUAGACCUAGACCCGGAUAAAGCCGUCGCGCCGCAGUGGUACGAGUUAAAAGCGCCCGCGGGGGGGCUAAAGGGCUCCUUGGGGAAGGGGAUGGGCGCGACUUUGGGGAAGAAGAAAGCGCGGGGGGAAGGCGCGAGCGCGCGGGGGGAAGGGGCGGUCGUGGGGAGGGUGCUGCUGCAAGCAGUGGCGGCGCGCGCGCCGCCCGAGCAGGCGGUUUCGCUGUUCGUGGGGUCGUGGAAUGUGGGGAACGCGCCGCCCGCGGGGGAUUUGUCGCCGUGGCUGCCGGUGGGCGGCACGCACGAUCUGAUCGCGAUCGGAUCGCAGGAGUGCGAGUACGCGCCGCGGCAAGGGUUCGCGUCGUGUAUGGACGACUGGGUGGCGAGCAUACGGGCACAUUUCGGGCCAAGGUACCGCCUGGUGAAGGGCACUUCAAGGGGGCAGAUGCGGAUCGUGGUGCUCGUGCUAGACACCUCCCAGAGAGCCGUUACAGACGUGGUGGUGGCCAGCGAGGCCACAGGGAUAGGCCACGUGCUGGCGAACAAGGGCGCCGUGUGCGUGUCGCUGCGGUUCUGGGACACCCCCUUGUGCUUUAUCAGCUCCCACUUGGCCGCGCACGAGGGGCAGUGCGCCACGCGGAACGACAAUUACCGCGAAAUCGUGCAGAAUAUGCGCCCGGGGCUGCCGAAUAUCGACCUCUUGAACCAGUUCCACCAUCUGUUUUGGAUGGGCGAUUUGAACUACCGGCUCACUCUGCUCGACACCUCCCCCCCGCCUGCGCUUCCGUCGUCUACUUCGUUCCCUGCCACUGCCUCUGCUGCUGCUGCUGCCGCUGCAGGGGGCGCUGCUGCUGCGGCUGGUGCGGCUGGUGCUGCAGCCGGUGCUGCUGCUGGCGCUGUUGCUGCCGGUGCUGGUGCUGCUGCCGGUGCUGCGGCUGGUGCAGCUGGUGCUGCGGCGGGUGCUGUUGCGGCUGGUGCCGGUGCAGCAAAGGCGGCAGCUGCUGUGUUUUACCGCUCCUCCGUUGCUGCUGCUGCCAGCUCCCCCUCUGUCCCUCCCAGUGGGGCCAAAGUUCUGGACCAAUUAGACGAUGACAGCUCAGCGGACGAGGCUGAAGGCUCCAGCAGUGGUAAUGAUGACGAUGAGGAGGAGGGGGGGGUGGUGUGGGAGGGGGAGGAAGAGGGGGAGGAGGAGGAGGAGGAGGUGGCACGGGAGGCUAGUGGUUUUGCCGAACCUGGAAAAGUGGUUCGGAAGCGGAGCAGCAUCGGAAGUUCGAGCGAGAUCCUGAAAGGUUUCUUGAAAACAACGAAGGGCAGCUUCGGGACAAUGUUUGAGCUGAACAGCUCGAAAAAGGGUAGAGGAAACAGCAGCACGGAAAUAAAGGGGAAAACACCCCCGCCAAAUAGUCCCACAUUCAAGAGCUUGAGGGUGGACGGAAAGGGGGUUCGGAAAUUGAGGGCUGGGGGAAUAAAGAAGAGUGCUAGUAGCGGCGAUGCAGCCUUUGAGUCGACUCGUGGAAUGAAUGGGAACGGUGGUGGCAAGGGCGCGGCAGGAAAAGACGCGGCAGGGAUUGGUGAAAGUGAGGGGAGUAUCCGGGAGGAAAGGUUGUGUAGCAGUGGAGGAGAUGAGGGCGGGGUGAGAGAAGGGGGAGAGAUGAGAGGAGGGGGAGGGGGGAGGAGAGAAGAUGGUGAGGGGUUGGAGUUUGAGGCAGAACCGGGAAGAGGAGCAGAAGGGGGAGGAGGAGGGGCGGUUGAGGAGGAAAAUGCAAGGGAAGGGGGUGCGCACGGGGGGGAGAUAACUGGGGAUAGCGGUGGGCUGGGGAAACUACCAAGAGCAGGAGGGGGGGAAACACCCGAAGGGGGAGAAACACCUGGAGGGGGGGGAACGCCCCGGGGGGGGGGGACGGCUGGAGGUAAAUCAAGCUCAGGGAAGGGGCUUGAGGGCCACAAGCGCGUGCUGAGUGCGGGGAGUCUCAGCGCCAGCCUGGGGCUGUUUCGAGGGGCCUCCAACAAGGACGCGAGCGGCAAGCCUGCUUCGGCGCCGCAGCUGUCGUCCAAGAAAUCGAUGGAGAAGAGAGCGCGGGCGGCAGUGCAUGCAAGUGCUCUGGAGCAAAUACGGAGCAAGGAGUACAGUGCUUUGCUGGAGUAUGACGAGUUGCAGCGGGAGAUUCGGGAGGGUCGGGGGUUCUACGGGUUUCAAGAGGCUCCCAUCACCUUCGCCCCCACAUUCAAGGCAAGCACCCCACCUUUAAGGCAAGCACCCGCCCCUCGCCCC